UAUACAUGUCAGUCCCUAUCUCCCAAUUCAUCCCACCACCACCACCACCACCCCCCCACCACUUUCCCCUCUUGGUGUCCAUACGUUUGUUCUCUACAUCUGUGUCUCUAUUUCUGCCUUGCAAACCGGUUCAUCUGUACCAUUUUUCUAGGUUCCACAUGUAUGCGUUAAUAUACGAUAUUUGUUUUUCUCUUUCUGACUUACUUCACUCUGUAUGACAGCCUCUAGGUCCAUCCACAUCUCUACAAAUGACCCAAUUUCGUUCCUUUUUACGGCUGAGUAAUAUUCCAUUGUAUGUAUAUACUACAUCUUCUUUAUCCAUUCGUCUGUUGAUGGGUGUUUAGGUUGCUUCCAUGACCUGGCUAUUGUAAAUAGUGCUGCAGUGAACAUUGGGGUGCAUGUGUCUUUUUGAAUUAUGGUUUUCUCUGGGUAUAUGCCCAGUACUGGGAUUGCUGGGUCAUAUGGUAAUUCUAUUUUUUGUUUUUUAAGGAACCUCCAUACUGUUUUCCAUAGUGGCUGUAUCAAUUGACAUUCCCACCAACAGUGCAAGAGGGUUCCGAUUUCUCCACACCCUCUCCAGCAUUUGUUGUUUGUAGAUUUUCUUUUUUUUUUAAUAAAAUUUAUUUGUUUUAUUUAUUUAUUUUUGGCUGCAUUGGGUCUUCAUUGCUGUGCGUAGGCUUUCUCUAGUUGCAGCGAGUUGGAGCUAUUCUUCGUUGUGGCAGGCGGGCUUUUCAGUGCAGUGGCUUCUCGUUGCAGAGCACAGGCUCUACGCACGCGGGCUUCAGUAGUUGUGGCUCACGGGCUCUAGAGCGUAGGCUCAGUAGUUAUGGUGCACGGGCUUAGUUGCUCCGUGGCAUGUGGGAUCUUCCCAGACCAUAGGUCAAACCUGUGUCCCCUGCGUUGGCAGGCGGAUUCCUAGCCACUGCGCCACCAGGGAAGUCCUAUUUGUAGAUUUUCUGGUGCCCAUUCUAACUGGUGUGAGGCGAUACCUCAUUGUAGUUUUGAUUUACAUUUCUCUAAUAAUUAGUGAUGUUGAGCAUCUUUUCAUGUGCUUCUUGGCCAUCUGUAUGUCUUUGGAGAAAUGUCUAUUUAGGUCUUCUGCCCGUGUUUUGAUUGGGUUGUUUAUUUUUUUUGAUAUUGAGCUGCAUGGGUUGUUUAUAUAUUUUGGAGAUUAAUCCUUUGUCCAUUGAUUUGUUUGCAAAUAUUUUCUCCCAUUCUGAGGGCUGUCUUUUCAUCUUGUUUGUAGUUUCCUUUGCUGUGCAAAAGCUUUUAAGUUUCGUUAGGUCCCAUUUAUUUAUUUUUGUUUUUAUUUCCAUUAUUCUAGGAGGUGGAUAAAAAAAAGAUCUUGCUGUGAUUUAUGUCAAAGAGUGUUCUUCCUAUGUUUUCUUCUAAGAGUUUUAUAGUGUCCAGUCUUACAUUUAGGUCCUAAUCCAUUUUGAGUUUAUUUUUGUGUAUGGUGUUAGGGAGUGUUCUAAUUUCAUUCUUUUACAUGUAGCUGUCCAGUUUUCCCAGCACCACUUAUUGAAGAGACUGUCUUUUCUCCAUUGUAUAUCCUUGCCUCCUUUGUCGUAGAUUAGUUGACCAUAGGUGUGUGGGUUUAUCUCUGGGCUUUCUAUCCUGUUCCAUUGAUCUAUAUUUCUGUUUUUGUGCCAGUACCAUAUUGUCUUCUUUAAUGUAGCUUUGUAGUGUAGUCUGAAGUCAGGGAGUCUGAUUCCGCCAGCUCCGUUUUUUUCCCUCAAGACUCCUUUGGCUAUUCGGGGUAUUUUGUUUCUCCAUACAAAUUUUAAGAUUUUCUUGUUCUAGUUCUGUAAAAAAUGCCACUGGUAAUUUGAUAGGGUUUGCAUUGAAUCUGUAGAUUGCUUUGGAUAGUAUAGUCAUUUUCACAACAUUGAUUCUUCCAAUCCAAGAACAUGGUAUAUCUCUCCAUCUGUUUGUGUUGUCUUUAAUUUCUUCAAUAAGUGUCUUAUAGUUUCCUUCAUACAGGUCUUUUGUCUCCUUAGGUAGGUUUAUUCCUAGGUAUUUUAUUCUUUUUGUUGCAAUGGUAAAUGGGAGUGUUUCCUUAAUUUCUCUUUCAGAUUUUUUCAUCGUUAUUGUGUAGGACUGCAAGAGAUUUCUGUGCAUUAAUUUUGUAUCCUACAACUUUACCAAAUUCAUUGAUGAGCUCUAGUAGUUUCCUGGUGGCAUCUUUAGGAUUCUCUAUGUAUAGUAUCAUGUCAUCUGCAAACAGUGACAGUUUUACUUCUUCUUUUCCAAUUUGUAUUCCUUUUAUUUCUUUUUCUUCUCUGACUGCCGUGGCUAGGACUUCCAAAACUAUGUUGAAUAAUAGUGGUGAGAGUGGACAUCCUUGUCUUGUUCCUGAUCUUAGAGGAAAUGCUUUCAGUUUUUCACCAUUGAGAAUGAUGUUUGCUGUGGGUUUGUCGUAUACACUGAUGGGCCUCUUUUUAAAGUUAUUUUUUUCUGAUGGGCCAUUUGAGGAUGUUUGUGUGUGUGGAGUUGGAUUUGAGUUGACUACCCCUUCCCUAACUUUGAGAUUCUGUGAUUCUCUUGCUUUGACCGUAUGUGACAGGAAUUCUUGAAGACUCUCUCCCUGAGGGAGGCCACAGCAGUGGGUUAUCCCUGCAGUGACUUCCAGGCCUGGAGUCAGUCUGGAGUGACUGAUCGUUCUGGUAAUCACCCUUACCACCAGGUCUGUGUGGCGCCUUCUCCUUCUCACCCUAUCAGCUGGAAUGUGUCUUCCUGGGAGGAAUCAUUUGCUCAGGCCUGGCUACAACUAGGGAAGUGUCUUAGUGGCCAGGGAAGAGGAACACAAGAGAGCUGGGGUUGGCCCUUCUCACUACCCUAGGCCUUUCUCUUUAUUUGUUGCUGGUACCUGCUAUGUACCAACUCCUUAAGCACCCAGGCUGGAGUGGGGGCUACGCUGGAGAAGGAGAACCUCCCCUCAUGAGAGGGGUGUGUCCAGGGUACCUGGGAACUGAGGGUAGUUUGCCUCAGUAAACUGGGGGAAUUCUGGAAUGUUUGUUUCUUAAAGCCUCAGGUACUGCAUUAGAGCCACUGGGUCUCACCAGGGCAGAAACUGUGGCCCCCUGGAAGGAUGUCUGUAAAGAGACAUUGGUUCACUUGCAGAGAUGGUCAGACCCAAGUCAAGGCAAGUUCUCAUUUGUAGGUUGUAAACCUGCUUUGACAGGCUGAGCAUGCACUUAGAGGCUUCUGUUCUGAUGGCCAUGGAGCUUGCUGAUUUCAAAGGGGAAGAAAAGGCCUGGGCUCCAUUCCUCACAGCCUCAUUUUGCCAUCUAUGCUUUCUGCUGCUUGACAUGGGCUCUCAGCUGCUCCAGUCCAGGCCAAUUUUGUGGACAUUUUAAUGCUGACUAUGCCAGUGGCCUUCUGUGGUCUUGAAUUCUUUCCUAUUCUCUCAGAGUCUUGGUUUCUUCAUCUACAAAGUUACACUAAUCACACCAGCUUUUCAGGGCUGUGAGACUCCAAUGAGAGAACACAUGUAACUGUUUGGCUUACAGGAGUUUGACUUACAGUACAUGAACCAGCAAGUUCAUGGAUGGGAGCUCUCUAGGACGGGGGCCUCAGAGAUCCCUGAGCCACCUGGGAAGGGGUGGCCACUCAAGGACUGAAUAAGCAUGGAGCAGAGGGACUACAAUGCAGGUCUCGGGAUUCACCUUCUGGGCCAGCCAGGGCAGCCUGAAAUCUCUGGAGCCCUUUCUUCAAAUAGAAGAUAAGGAAAAGGCCCUUAGGGUGCUGGGGGCACCUAGACAUCAGGGGUCUGCCCCAGGAGAGGGUUCUGUCCUGGCCAGCCAUCUGGGCAGCAGACCUUAGCUGAUUUCCCUCCCAACUUCAGGCAGGGGAGUGGUGGACGAGGCUGUUGCCAGUCCUCGGUCAAGGCUGCUCUUUAGUGUGGUGUCCCUAUAGGAGACUGAGAUAUCCACCUUCUUCCUAGCUCUUGACCUAGUAUUCACCUAGCACCUGCCAAUGACUGCUUACAGCUGAGUCCUGCUUUAUACCCUCAGUUGAUUACCCCUAACAUCCUCAUAAUUACUGAUGAAGAGACAGGGUCAGAGGGUCAUACCAUGAGGGAGAGGAGAAGCAAACUAGAGGCCAAGCCUUUGAGGGAAGUGGUUGUGUGCCUACUAUUCAGCCCCAGUUGUCCCUCAGGUGAUCAGAGCCUUGUGGGGGGAUGGAGGGUGUUUGGGGCUAAGCCCCACUUCCCACACGCCUCAGACAGAUGGCUGGGUGGAAGGCAAAGGAUUGUUUCCUGACAACUUGGACAGAAGGUGUGGGAGGAGGGGAAGUGGGUCACUUGGCCACUUAAAUUGAACAGGGUUUGCCCAGAGCUCAGUCCUCCAGAGCAGAGGGGCUGGGCCAGGCACCAUGGGAACAGGGGUGCCCCAGUCAGGGAGACAGACCAUAAACAAAUAUGUAAAUGUGACAGUCUCAUGCAGUGACAAGUGCUAAGAAGAUGAAACGGGGUGGUGAAGUGAGUAAAUGGGUGGCUGCUUUAGACGGAGUGGUCACAGUGUCUGAAGGUAUCUACGAGGAGGUAACAUUUGACCUGACACAUAUGUGACAAGGAAGCAGACACAUGGAGAUCUACGAAGAAGGGUGAUCCAGGUAGAAGGAUCAACAGUUGCAAACCCCUCCAGUGAGACAGGCUCAACAUGUUCCAGAAACAGGAAAAUGCCCAGAGUGGCUGCAGAGGACGGGAAGGAGUGGGUGGCAGGAGACAAGGUUGGAUAGCUGGGAGGCCAGGCCACCCAGGGCCUUGAAGCCAGGAUAAAUGGUUGAGACUGUCAGUGGGGAAUGGGAAGGGAAGUCAUUGGAGGGCCGUAGGACAGGAUAUACAGCACCCCUCAGAUCAUGGAAAGAGGUGCAGUUUGUUCCUGAAGGACAGGCACUAUGCAGCCUUCCCUCUCACUCCCCACAGUGCACGCCUGUGCUCUGGGUUUAAGCCAAGGUUGUCUGUCAGUCCCACCUGUCGGAGUCCUUCUCAGCCUCUGCUUCAGGGCUCUUGGAGGCCUAGCAGACAGUAGGUGUGAGGGUAAUAGAGAUGGUUGGUGCCAAUUUCAAGGGUCCCACUAUAAGCUCAGCAUAUCUGGCAUUCUUUGCGGACCUCGGUGAUGGGCCCUCAGAGGUGAGCAUCCUUCUGUUUUAUUAGUCUGGAGUCAGUAAUGUCCUCUUCCUCAUCACUCUCCUGCCUCCAGCCCUGACCCAGGUCCAGCUAGGCCAGCAUCUAUAUCUGUUUUGCUGAGAUGGUAGAAUGGGGUUGUGACUUUGAAGAUUUGGGAAAACGGUGAGAUCAUCCCCAAUGGGUGAAAACACCCAUUGUUUAGUGUGGCAGUCUGCCUGGUGCCAUUGUUUGGAGGCAGAAGCCCUGGUUCAGACCUGUCUUGCCCCUGUCUUGCCCCUGUCUGAGAAAGCCAAGGUCAGAGAUCAGGGCUUCAGCCCUACAUGUUGUUCAUUUUUUUUUUUUAAUUUAUUUAUUUUAUUUUUAUUUAUUUUUGGCUGUGUUGGGUCUUCAUUGCUGUGCGCGGGCUUUCUCUAGUCAUGGCGAGCAGGGGCUACUCUUCGUUGUGAUUCACAGGCUUCAUUGUGGUGGCUUCUUUUGUUGCAGAGCACGGGCUCUAGGUGUGUGGGCUUCAGUAGUUGUGGCAUGCAGGCUUAGUAGUUGUGGCUCACAGGCUCUAGACUGCAGGCUCAGUAGUUGUGGCGCACGGGCUUAGUUGCUCCGCGGCAUAUGGGAUCUUCCCAGACCAGGGCUCGAACCCGUGUCCCCUGCGUUGGCAGACAGAUUCUUAACCACUGCACCACCAGGGAAGCCCCCAUGUUGUUCAUUUUUAUCUCCAGACUAGUUAUCACUGGGAGUCCUGGCUCUGGAGUCCACUAAGCCUGGUUCCAUCCAGUUCCACCAUUUAUUAGGCUUGUGACCUUGAGCAAAUUAGCUGACCUUGCUGGGCCUCAUUUUGCUCAUCUCUAAUAUGGGAGUUGACUCACAGGGUGUUAGAACAAAUGCACGUAAAGCCCUUAGCACAUUUCUACACGUAAUACACAUUAGUGAAAAUGAGACAUUAUCAGCCGGACAUUGCUGUUUCAAGUUUCAAAAUAUGGAAACACUGACCCAGAAUUUGAGGAUAAAAAUGAAGUUUUUUCUGUUACCCAAUGGAAUCUCCUGGGCCAGAGGUUUUAACCUGGGGUCUGUGACAACCUCAGGGAGUAUGAAUGAGUUGAAAUCAUUCACAAGGCUGGGGCAUCUCUGCCUCUGCGGAAAUUUGUUGGGAAAGGGCCAUGGUUUAUGAGACAUUUUUAGAGCGUCUUUGCACCCACAGAGACCUAAGGGUCAGUGAAGGCUGAAGCUCAGUGGGUGAGAGGUCACCAAGGUCAUUUCUGCUCCUCGAGGAGCCUGGCCUUAGUCAGCCUAAGUGAAGCAGGAGACGGUGUGGUCAGCAGCCCUCUUGGAAGAGCUGUAGGAGAAGCUGUCAUGAAGGUCACUCUCCAAUCUGAUGUGAGGCUGCCCCUCAGCCUUGGCAUUUUGUUUCUUUCCAGGCUGUUCUUUCCACAAUAAAUAUAUUAGAAACAAGGUCAAGGCUGGCUGGCCAUCCUGGGGAACAUCCUCCCAGCCUGGCCCACCUCUCCUCUAUGUUGCAUGGGGAUGGGAGGUGGGCUCUGCACCCUGUUGCUUUUUCUGGACUCAGGAAUGCUGCCUCCUGGCUAUGAGUGCAAAGCUUUGUGGAAGAUUUGGAGUCAGAAACUGUAAAUCCUGUAGUUUGCUGGACUCUGUGCUGGGAGGUUGAGGAGGUGGGGUCGGGUGUGGCAGGAACCACACUGGAACCCUCACAGCCCAGAGCUGUGUUCAGGCAGAGGAAUGAGCCCUGGGUGUGUUGAUAUGGCUUUGCACGUGGGGUUGGAGUCAACAGUUGAGUCUGGAAAGGAGGACGCAAAUGUGUGGCAUCUGAACAGUGACCUGAGGGGAGGGCGGGCAUCAUGGCAGGAGGACUCACCUGUGCAAAAGACACAGGGAGCAAGCACUCAGAGAGUUCUGGUGUGUUUAUGUGUGGAGCUGGAUGGAGAUAGGAGAGAAUGGCUGAGGAGUCAGGGACGGGUGUGGAUAGCCACAUGUGGAGCUUUGGGGGUUUGACCUUUAACCCAAGGGUGAGGGUUUUGUAGGGGAGGGACAUGGACAGCCUUGUGGUUUAGAGCUCAGGGAUGCAAAGUUAGCAGAAAGCAAGCAGUGACCUUGACCAGAGAACCCAGUAUCAGCACUGAUGUACUGGGUGAGCUUGGGGCAACCAGCUGAACCUUGGUUUUCCCACCUGUAAAGUGGGCUGACAGUGGAAUCUGACCACAUGGCGAUGUGAUCACGACAUAGAGAUAAACACAUCAAGGUCAAGAAGGCCUCGAAUGAGGUUGGUGUUGGCCUCAGCAGCCCCAUUUGACAUCUUUAAAGCAAAGUCUUCAGUCCACAUACUUUUGAAGGUUCCUUCUCCCACUUUCUGGGAGCCCCUGAGCAGUCCUGUUCCUCAGGAGAGCUCACUCUGCCCUGUCCCACUCCACCGGGCCAAAGGGGUCUUCUUGUCCUUUUAUCCCUCCACCUCUUUACUCUACCACUACUUCUGCCAAGUAGUUUUUGUAUUAGCAUGUUAAUCACACUGUUAAGAACAAUGUUGAAAAAGGAAAAAACACCCCCCCACUUCCUUCACCUCACUGUCCCACCACAUGGCGCCACUUUUUUUUUCUUUGGAUGAGCUUCUGGCCUUAUUUCCCCUCAUCCUCCAUCUCCAGCUUCUCGGUUUCCUGCCCUAAUCUCUUUCUGAGGCUCUAGACAUUUGCUAAUGUUGUUUCUUCUGACUGGCAUACUCCUUUCUCCAAGACCUUCCCUGAGGGCUGCUUAGGACAGAGCGGGAGAUGGCCCUCAUCCAUUCCCCCAGCUUUCCCCCUGCCCCAGAGUUCAAGAUGCUCAGCAAGGCAUCUUGAGAGCAUGAUGUGGUAGGGUUGGGCCACAAUGAGUGAGCCAAGCAUAGUGAAUACUAGGGUGGAAGGGGCAGAGAUGCGAGAUGUGGGGCUGUGUCCUGCCUCCAGUAACCCAAGUUUGCAUGUGGUACAGUCACAGUCUGACCCCUUGGAAAUGUGACCAAGACAGAGCAGCUGGGACUAGCUGUUGAUCCUAUGUUUUUCCCAUUUGUUGAUGUAUUUCUUGGCAGAGUGUGAACUGGGAUACACCUUGUCCCAAGCAGGCGUGACCGGGUCCAAGCUUUCUCCUCUGCUUGUUUUAGACUUUCCUGGACAUUUCUUAGUCAUCCCAGCACUGAACUGCUAUUUUUAGUGCCACCACCUCCUAGGGGACUUAAAAUAAAGCUGGCUCAGCUUCCUGGCCCCUCAUUGGCUGGAGUGUUGGUCACAGGCAGGGAGAUUGGCUGGAUUGGGGAUAAGCCACUGCCCACUAACACUGUCCUUCCCUCUGGCUCUUCUGGCCUUGGGUGAGGUCAUAGGGACUGGAGCAAACUAGCACUUACCAUGUUGAGUUGAGGGCUUUACUAGGUUCCCUUAGUGAGACCACAACCACUGGCAACCUCAGGGUUCCACCCUCUUAUAGAGAAGGGGGCUGAGGCCCUAAGAAGUGCAGUGACUUGCGUGAGAUCCCACUACUGCCAAUGGUUGUCUGCCAGGGCCAAACCCACCUCCUUACUGCUUUGGUUCAGAGUUCCUGUUAUUAGGAGAGAGGGGGUGGGCUCCUCUACAGUCAGAGAUGACUACAGAGCAACACACAGGUCUGCUGUCAUGGAUCCUGCAGGGAGAUGCACGCCACCCUACCCGGGCCUGCCAAAGCGUCUCAACGAGGCCGGGUGACGCUCCAGAAUGGGAGACAAGCCAAUUUGGGAGCAGAUUGGAUCCAGCUUCAUUCAACAUUACUACCAGUUAUUUGAUAACGACAGAACCCAACUAGGCGCAAUUUAUAUUGACGCGUCAUGCCUUACGUGGGAAGGACAGCAAUUCCAGGGGAAAGCUGCCAUUGUGGAGAAAUUGUCUAGCCUUCCGUUCCAGAAAAUCCAGCAUAGCAUCACGGCGCAGGACCAUCAGCCCACGCCAGAUAGCUGCAUCAUCAGCAUGGUUGUGGGCCAGCUCAAGGCCGAUGAAGACCCCAUCAUGGGGUUCCACCAGAUGUUCCUAUUAAAGAACAUCAAUGAUGCUUGGGUUUGCACCAAUGACAUGUUCAGGCUUGCCCUGCACAACUUCGGCUGACCUCCUCCCAGCCAGGCACUCAUGCUGUUUCCUCCUCCCUCCUCUUCCCGAUAUUAUUCAUGCUCCUCCAGAUGCUCCAAAUAUCAUACACAAAUGAGCAGGGCCGCGGUGGGAGUGGGCGCAGUGCGCUACUGCUGCCGAGGUAUUGUGCAUGAUGUUUGGACGCUAGACUAGUUGCAUCUGAUGGGAGAAGUUUGUGUUGUACCAGCGCAUGCCUUGGAAAGACUUAAGUAAUGCGAAAGGUUGUCUUUUUUUUUUUUUUUUUUUUAAUCUACUGACAAGUUGCUCUAGUAACCCAAAGAAGUGAAGGAGAAAGCAGCUGCCUCACCACCGAGAUAUUGAUUUGUUCAGAUGUUUCAAUGCCUCAUGAUACAAUAAAACCACAAAAAUUUUCUUAACA